CUCGUCUCGUAUGUUUGUGAACGUUCAGAUUUUUUUCUCAUUUUUCGUCAGUGAACUUGAUCUUUAUUUGAAACUGUUUGAGUGAAGGUUUAAGGGAGCUGAAGCACCACCAUGAGCCAAGCCAGGACCUUGCCAAUGUUCUCCACCUGUAAGCUGCUUUUCUUUUUGACUGUCAUCUCAACCAAGUUUCCAUAUUUAGUAGCAGGAGGCUCUACUCUGACUCUCAAGUCCAACCACACAGUCACCAACCACACCAAAUGUGGUGGGAGCACUGACUGCAUAGAGGGCGUUAUCCUGCCUGUAUGGAAGCCAGAAAACCCAGCCUUCACAGACCGCCUCGCCAGAGCUACCAUUUACUUUGUGGGUUUAGCAUACAUGUUCUUAGGUGUCUCCAUCAUCGCUGACCGCUUCAUGGCAUCCAUUGAAGUCAUCACUUCCCAGGAGAGACAGAUCACCAUCAAGAAGCCAAAUGGUGAGAAAAUCACCACGACGGUACGCAUCUGGAACGAGACGGUGUCUAACCUGACCCUGAUGGCACUAGGUUCGUCCGCCCCAGAAAUCCUCCUCUCAGUGGUGGAGGUUUGUGGUCACAACUUCAACGCCGGUGAGCUGGGACCUAAUACCAUCGUAGGAAGUGCCGCCUUCAACAUGUUUGUCAUCAUCGGCCUCUGUGUGUCUGUCAUCCCUGAGGGAGAGACCAGAAAGGUGAAGCACUUGCGGGUGUUCUUUGUCACUGCUACCUGGAGCGUCUUUGCUUACAUCUGGCUUUAUCUGAUCCUGGCUGUCUUUUCUCCAGGUGUUGUGGAAAUAUGGGAGGGCCUUCUCACACUCUUCUUCUUCCCACUUUGUGUUGGAUUCGCUUAUGUAGCGGACCGCAGACUUCUUUUCUACAAAUACAUGUACAAGCGAUACAGAGCAGGGAAGCAGAAAGGAGUGAUAAUUGAAACUGAGGGAGAACCAGAACUUCCCUCAAAGGUUGACAUUGAAAUGGAUGGAAAAAUGCUCAACUCUCAUGGAGAGGAGUUCAUGGAUGGAGAGGCAGGAUUUGAAGUGAAGGAGUUGGACGAGGAGGAGGCCCGCAGGGAGGUGGCAAGGAUCCUGAAAGAACUGAAACAGAAACAUCCAGAGAAGGAGAUGGAGCAGUUGAUGGAGGUUGCAAAUUACCAAGUUUUGACCCAGCAACAGAAGAGUCGGGCUUUCUAUCGCUGUCAAGCGACCAGGAUCAUGACUGGAGCAGGUAACAUCCUGAAGAAGCAUGCCGCUGACCAAGCCAAGAGAGCCACCCAUGAUAUCUUCUCCGAGAUGUCGCUGAAUGACUUCUCUUCUAAGGUGUUCUUUGACCCUGGUACUUACCAGUGUUUGGAGAACUGUGGUAGUGUAGCCCUGAAUGUGGUCCGUCGUGGUGGAGACCUGACCAACACAGUCUCUGUGGACUACCGGACUGAAGAUGGCACUGCAAACGCUGGCUCAGAUUAUCAGUUCACAGAGGGAACUGUUGUGUUUAAGCCAGGUGAGACGGAAAAAGAAAUCCGCAUUGACAUUAUUGAUGAUGACAUCUUUGAGGAAGAUGAGCAUUUCCUGGUUCACCUCAGUAAUGUCAGAGUCAUCUCUGAGGGUGCCCGUUCAAACAGCCAUGAGGCAAACCACGUGGACACCCUUGCAGGUUUGGGUUUGCCAUGCACAGCGACCGUUACUAUAUUUGAUGAUGACCAUGCUGGGAUCUUUACAUUUGAGGAGCCGGUGAUGACCAUAAGCGAGAGCAUCGGCAUGAUGGAAGUGAAGGUGAUGCGGACCUCAGGAGCACGUGGUGUUGUGGUGGUGCCCUACAAAACGAUAGAGGGGACUGCUAAAGGAGGUGGCGAGGACUUUGAGGAUACACAUGGCGUUCUGGAGUUUGAGAACGAUGAGAUUUUCAAAACGAUUCGGAUAAAUAUAAUCGAUGACGAAGAAUACGAGAAGAACAAGAACUUCUUCCUGGAGAUCGGAGAGCCUCGGCUGCUGGAGAUGAGUGAGAAGAAAGCUGUGUUGCUUCAGGAAGUUGGUGGAUUCGUUAAGACAGACAAACUGCUGUGUGGCAGAGACAUCUACAGGAAGGUCCAGGGACGAGACCACCCCGCUCCCACCACCAUCAUCACCAUCACAGAGGAAGAUGCUGAGGAGCCUUUGACUAAGAAGGAAGAGGAAGAGAGGAGGAUUGCAGAGAUGGGCAGGCCAAUGCUGGGCGAACACGUCAAACUGGAGGUCAUCAUCGAGGAGUCGUAUGAGUUCAAGAGCACAGUAGAUAAACUCAUUAAGAAGACCAACCUGGCUCUGCUGAUUGGGACCAACAGUUGGAGAGAGCAGUUUGUGGAGGCCAUCACAGUCAGCUCAGGCGAUGACGAUGAUGAAUGUGGCGAGGAGACGCUGCCCUCUUGUUUUGACUAUGUCAUGCAUUUCCUCACCGUCUUUUGGAAGCUUCUGUUUGCCUUCGUUCCUCCAACAGACUACUGGAAUGGUUGGGCCUGCUUCGUUGUCUCCAUCACCGUCAUAGGCAUGUUGACUGCAGUGAUCGGAGACCUGGCGUCGCAUUUCGGCUGCACCGUGGGCCUCAAAGACUCAGUCACUGCUGUGGUGUUCGUCGCUUUGGGCACUUCUGUACCAGACACCUUUGCCAGUAAGGUGGCAGCUAUCCAGGACCAAUAUGCUGACGCCUCCAUUGGCAAUGUGACGGGGAGCAACGCUGUCAACGUCUUCCUGGGUAUCGGUGUGGCCUGGUCCAUUGCUGCUGUCUACCACUACACCCAAGGUCAGGAGUUCAGGGUCAGCCCUGGCACACUGGCCUUCUCUGUCACACUCUUCACCAUCUUCGCCUUUAUCUGCAUUGCUGUCCUCAUCUACCGCCGCCGACCUGAGAUUGGCGGGGAGCUAGGAGGACCCAGAAUCCCGAAGAUCCUCACCACUUGCUUGUUCUUUAGCCUAUGGUUACUGUACAUCGUCAUCUCCUCCCUGGAAGCCUACUGCCAUGUAAAGGGCUUCUAACAGUUCUACUCCAGACCCUUUACAGGAGGUUCCUGCAUAUUCCACUGUGUGAUUUAUCAAAAAGUUUGCUGCAUAUCUAAAGGUUGUACUAGGUGUUGGCAUUGAUGGAUUCCUAAUGGUUCUGUUCACAUUUUUGUGAUAUAACAGAUUUCUUUACAGGAAUAAAUGAAAUAAAGUAAAAUGAAAUAAAUUAAAUCUUUUAAAGGUUUCUAAAGGUGCCCUAAAGGUUUAUACAGCUUCUUGAGAUUUCAGGUGGAUUUUAUAAGAGUUUCUAUAGUUUUGAAUAAAUGUCUUGUGACUUAGAGGCUUCCAUAAUUUGUUACUUGUCUGAAAGUUUAGAUUGAUGUUUAACAUUUCAGCAGGCUCCUAACAACUGUUGGAUUCUAAAGAUUUUCGUAGAUAUUUACAACAGUUUUCUCAAAUCCCUUCAAGCUUGGAUGAGCUCCUGGUAGCUUUCUUGAAGAUCUGACAACUUACUUUUUAAAGGUCUCUAUAUAUUGUAGUUCUUCCGUUUAUCUGAAUUGCAUGGCAAUUUCUGAUUGUUUUCUGAAGAUAAAUGGUUCUGCUGUGUCCCUAUAAAUUGUUCUCCAUUCAGUUCGAUGUGUUUGGAUGAACAGAUGGUUGUCUAGGGCCAGGUUCCUGUGGCUCAUCACUCUAAAAGCUGUGACAGGUUCCUAACAGCUGAUGGAAUUGUAAAGAUUUUGAUGCAACUGUUCUGGUAGAUUUCAUCAUCAUAAUUUCAUCUUCUGACAGUUUUGUUUGUUUUUUUCACACAUCUCUGAAUAUCAUAGUUCUUUCAGGUUCUGCUAAAUGUAUUGAGGUUUCCCAUGUGAUGUCAUGUCAUGUUAGAUGUGAUACAACCACUGGUUGCAAGGUCAAAAUCUAUUUUUCAACUGGUUGGUUGUUUUCCAGUUGGCGGUGGUUCCUGGAGGUUGCUGGCUCUCCCCCAGGUGAAAUCGGUUGCAUAGAAAGUGCUGCAGCAAAAACCUCAGUGAGUGCUUUGGUUGCUGGCAGAUUGCCACCAGGUUGCCUGUAGUUUCUCGUGCUUGCCUGCAAAUACUACUGCAAAUAAUACUGCAAAUAACUGCUAGCCGAGCAGUAGUAAAACUUCUCUUGAAAUGCAAUUCAGAGUAAAAGUUGUACGUUAGUGUUGUAGCCACUAUUUUUCAAAAGGUGUGAUUUUUUUUUACUAUGAAGGCAAAUAGUCUCCAUCUCUGGUUUGAGUUGCACUUUUCACAGUUUUCCUUCUGCUCGGAGAGUAGCUGGAUGGUGUAGAUAAGUCUGUCGCUUCCAUUCAACCUACAACCACAGGAAUGAGCUAGCAACCAAAGCAACUGCCAUCAACCACUUGCAAUCAGUUGAGGACAUUUUUUUUUAUGUCAUUUUUUCCUCAUGACCAGUCACAGCCACCCUCUAGGCCUUUGUAACAGGAGCAUGAUUGUCACAAGUCCAAAAUGGUGGACAAGUUAGCAUCAUGCAAAACCUCAAUAAGAGGUUUGUAAAGGUUCCAAAAGUUCCCGAUGGACUCCAACUUCUCUUCUGGCGUGAUGGAUUUCUAAAGGUUCUAGUGGGGACCCUGAGAACUGAAACUUCUGUUUGACUGAAUCUGGUGUCCAUAUUCGACUGUUCUGCCUGCUGAGCACUGGUGACUGUCUUCAUUCACACGUACCUCCUGACCAUGCAAAAACUUUUUACCUGUAUGAUUACUUCAUCUGAACCUUUCAGCGAUGUAUAAUGAAAACUAUUUAAUUUUAACAUGCAUGAACUUUAAAACCUCACCAUGAGUAGCUUUAGUGAUUAAGGAGAACCAACAGGACUGAGAGGGUAGUGUUGCACCUACAUGAUUAUCUGCACUGAGUUUGAAUUAGGAGAGUUUAAUCAGAGACGCUGUGAACUCUUUAAAGCAGCUGGUUCAAGCUGGACCUGAGCUGCUGUUUCGGUGGAGUCAAACAUUAAUUCUUGAGUGAGAUCUCAUAGACUGAUGACAGAAAGCUAUUAACAGAAAGCUGUUAACAAGGAUGAAAUUCUGUCAUGUGAUCGGUCAUUUGGAUGAUGUAAAAUGUUUCUUCAGAAUGCAGUGUAUUUUCUU